GGUGCCUCGGGACCCGGCGCCCUUAAUAAUGGCAGAGGGGGUCAGGGGCCCCGGGGCUCCCGAGCAGAUGCUGGGCCCUGUGUCUUCCCUCCCGGGCGCCCCUCCAGGUCCCACAGCCUCAGCGGGAAGAUCAACGCUGCGCGGAGGUGACGGGCAUAUGGAGGUGACCAGGAGGAGGAACCCGGGCACUGAGGAGGAGGACCCCGGGCAGUGCCCCGAGGCGUCCCCGGUCUGCCUUGUUGGGCUGCUGCAGUCCCCAGAGGCAGCAACCCAGAGAAUAGGAAUAGAGCUGGGGAAUGGGGUUGGGGAGAGACAGAGAUAAAGACAGAGACAAAGAGAGGCAUUAGUAAAGAGAGACACAGUGAGAUGGAGAGAUGUGGAGGGAGGGAGCGAGACACAGAGAAACCGAUGCAGAGGGACAAAGCCAGGUAGGUAGGGAAGGCAGCAAGAGGGAGAGCAGACAGACACAGCCAGAAUAGGGAAGAGAGAGAUGGACAUACCCAGGGACAGGAAGCAGACAGAAGGCAGAAAGAACAAGAGGCAGAAAAAAGGGCAGCCAGAGGCUAGGACAGGCUGGGUCAAAGGGCUUAGGGCAAUCUCGAAUCUGCAGCCCAUAAGCAGAGAUGAAGCCCCCGCCUCCCCGGCCCCCAGGCAUCUGAGGCUGCCCAACCCCAGAAGAGGAACCCGCCUGAACCCUGGGUGCCGAUUGUGGCUGGCGAGAGAGGAGCUUCCGCGUCCCCUCUCCGCCCUCCGGUCCCAUCUCACACCAGAAGAGUGGAGGCUGCGGGACCCACUCUCUUGGCGGCGGGAGUGGCGGAGCGACGGGCUGGGCGUGGACGGACACUCCAGGCACCAACUUAGCCGCCCGAACGCCGGGAGUGCAGGGUCGGCACUGCCCGACAGGGGGUGCCCGAGGCCUCUUCCCCGAGCUUGGGGACCGCUCGGCCUCCAGGGGGCGCCCGAGCCCACGCCCCUGCAACACUCUCGAUAGGCUGAGUCCCGCUGCCUUUGACCCGCUGUGCAGCCAGCGCGCGGGUUGGGAUCCUGGUGCGGGGUAGCGCUUGGAGUCCAGUCCCAGCGGGAUCCCAGGCCGCGCCUAAUCUGCGGCUAAUGACUCCUGCGGUCCCUCACCCCGCUGGGCCAGCGUGGCCUGAGUCCUCGUGGUGGGAAAGUGUGGGGAGCGAGGAGAGAUGGGAUCCGGAAGCCAAGGAGUCCUGUGUUCCAGAUCGGCCCCAUGAGCCACGAGCCAGAGACUGGAACCAAAGAUGGAAGGGGGCUUAGAAAUAAAUUCACAGAGACAGGGACCAGAAGCAGGAGAAGGGUCAAAGAGUGGCGGAGAGGCGGAGCGGAGGCAAUAAUGUAACGUUACAUCUCGGUGAGCGGGGCGGAGGCCCAAGGCCGGAGGGACAGCGGCGGCUCUGGAAAAGGAGCGCGACAGAGAAUUUGGGACCUGGCCGGGGUCACCGGAACUCAGAACAAAGGGCACAAGGAAGCAGGCGAGGGCCCGUGAGCAAAGGCGCAAGGACCAGGCGCCCCUUCCGGCGUCCUGGCUCCCCAGCUGUGCCACAGAGAACCAGAUGUGCAGCCCAGCUGUGCGGCCGCUCGAGUUUGAACUCUGGGAUUGCUUUUUGGUCCCAGAGACUGGAGGGUUGUGGUGCGCGGGUGACAGGACACGCCCUCCCUUCCUGGGCCCUGGAGGCGCGGGCUCUCUGGGAGGGCUGGGCUGCUGGAGGCUCUGACAGCCCGUCAGCCCCGCUCCCCCGCCCCCCACACACAUCGCAGCGAGUCUCUGUCUCUUUGUUCUCGCCGUGUCUCUGACACUUUAUCUCAUUAUCCGCCGGAGGGAGGCGGAGAGCCCGGGACCCCGCAGCCUAAUUACAGCCGCGCUUGUCAGAGUAGGGGGCGGCGGAAGUAUCAGCGCGAAGGAAAGGGAGGGGGACCCUAGAAAGUGCCCUCUCCCUCCCUGUCCCCAGACGAUCCCAGCGACGGGUGCAUAGCUCGCUCCCGCCCGCGCCCUCCACAAGGCGGGCUCUGGCGGGGGAGGUGGGGGGUGCUCUGCAGGAUCGGCCGCGAGGAGGGUGGGGAUGGUGGAGGUUAUCUUGGGAGUGGGGAGAGAUAUUAGGACUCGGUUCCUAAGACCCAAAUUCCCCAGAGACGGGGGCUGUGAGCCUCCCCACCCCAGCAGCAUAGCACACACCUGAGAUGGUUGAGGACAGGAGGGAAUCCCUUGCAGUUCUGUGUCUGUGUCUUGUUCUCUCUCAGCAUCUGUCCGAUCUUUCCUGAUUCCCCCCUCCAUUCCCUUCCUCUCCAUCCCAUAGCCAGAGGAAGGGGAUAGCCUUGGGCGGCCCCACCUUUACCCUACCCCAGGUAGGCAGAGCAAGCGAGUCUCUCAAGCCUCACUGCCAUGACUGUGGUAGAAUAAAUAAACUGGCAUAUUCUAUCCUGAUCCUGAGCCAUGAUGAACAUACACCUGGUUUUUCCAGCCUCCAACCGCGAGUCCAGGCCAACCACAACCUGAAGAAACCACUCAGAACAAGAGGGGCUGGGGGAGCUUUAUGGUGUGGGCCUGUCUUCCUCCUUCCCCCACUACACUGUGGAGGGGACAGAACCAGGGUUCUCAGGACCCGCUCCUGGACAGCUCUAAGGGUGUCAGGGAAGUACUGCACAUGCCCUCACUGGCCCUAGCCCCUCCUGGUCCCAGCCCCUCCUGGUCCCACCUGUGAACACUCCACACAUGCAUUUUGCUAAGUGCCUGUCCCAUGGCCAUGCCUUCUCCCACAUCUUAUGGGGUCCUAUGCCACUGAGGUCCUUCCCUCAGAUGCCAAAAGCCCCAAGAAUGAUGGUGUCCCUUGGUCCAGGUGCAGGCAUCUGGAGGAGAGAGUCGGAGAGCAGAAACCACUUGGCUCCCAGACAAUUCCCCUACAGGCUUUGGGCCUGGAAUUGAGGAGAAAGUGAGCUAAGUCGGGGUGGGGUGAGUCCAAAGAAGCACAAGCUGGGCCAAGCUAAGCCGCUGUGGGCUGGGCUGAUCCCUCCCCACUCAGGGGCGGGACCCCAGGAGGAGGGAGAGGACAGAGCCACUGCAGAGGACCAGACUGGAAAAACGAUAUGGCAGGAGCCAGUCUUGGGGCCCGCUUCUACCGGCAGAUCAAAAGACAUCCCGGGAUCAUCCCGAUGAUCGGCUUAAUCUGCCUGGGCAUGGGCAGCGCUGCGCUCUACUUGCUGCGACUGGCCCUUCGCAGCCCCGACGUCUGCUGGGACAGAAAGAACAACCCAGAGCCCUGGAACCGCCUGAGCCCCAAUGACCAAUACAAGUUCCUUGCAGUUUCCACUGACUAUAAGAAGCUAAAGAAGGACCGGCCAGACUUCUAAGCCAGGCUGGGCUGCCAGUGCCAUGCAAACCACGGACAGCCAGCCCAUCCACUUCUUCCACUCCUCCCCGCAGUCCCCAAGGCAUCAGUCUGGGCACCCUGUCCCGCUCCUGCUUACACAGGCCGGGUUCCCACGCAGAGGGGAGGCUGCUCCACCCCUACUCUCCUCCCUUGCUCCCAGCAGCGGAAGCGCCUCUGACCCUUGGCUUGAGUCCCAUGUGGGGGAGGAGAAGGCAGGCAGCACCAGCAGGGGUCCACCAAAAAAGCCCAGACCAGCCCCUCUGCCCUCCUACCCGGGCCUUGAAGGGUGUGGCACAGGCUACAUGUUGAACGUGGCCUACGUGAGCCAACAAGAAGCAGGGGCCUCUGAGUGCCAAGCGACGUGGCGGGCUCCACGUUAGCCCAGGCUCUGGGAGCCAGCCCAGGGGCGGCGCUGCUCAGCUUGGGCUGGUCCAGGGCCUGCCCAGGCUGGGGCACCUUUGCCUCCCGAGGCGCAGUGCACUCCUCCCCUGCCCAAGCCUACUGCCUCCCCCUGCCGCCAGUACCCCCUCCAGCCCCAGACCUGGGCCUCCCCUCUGUCCCCAGGGAUCAAACAGAAGCAGCCGUGGGCAAAAUACAAUUUCAUUUAGCAAAUUGAA